ACUUUUAGGGCCACAUGUAUGUCUAUUCUUAAAAACUUUCUAUUUGGAUUUGUCACAAUGGGAGCAAACUAUGGCUCAAUAAAUGCAAGCAAUGCCUUGCCAGGACGUGCAGAGGCUUUAAAGGGUAUAUCAGAAGUCCAUGCAUUUAAUGGGAACAGAAUGUUUCCACCUUUUCCUGAAGGGACCAAAUCAGCAACCUUUGGGAUGGGCUGUUUUUGGGGAGUUGAAAGAAGCUUCUGGAAGAUAAAAGGGGUCUAUUCUACUCAUGCUGGCUAUGCUGGAGGAUAUACUAAGAACCCCACUUACCAAGAGACGUGUACAGGUGCAACAGGACACGCUGAGGUAGUGAGAGUUAUUUUUGAUCCAGAGCAAGUGAAAUACAGUGCUCUACUAAAGAACUUUUGGGAGAACCACAAUCCAACCACCAAAGAUAGACAAGGAAAUGAUACAGGUCCAAUGUACCGCUCUGCCAUAUACUGUGAAGAUGAAACUGAUUUGGAGCUAGCAAAGAAAAGUGCAGAGAAAUAUCAACAGAACCUCAGUGACAGAGGGAUUAGAGGCGAAAUAUCGACAGAGAUAAAACUGGACAAUGUGUUUUACUAUGCUGAAGAUUACCACCAACAGUAUCUUCACAAGAACCCCGGAGGUUAUUGUUCUAUGCGAGGAACAGGUGUUAAAUGUACCUUGUAGUCUUGUACAAGAAAUCCUGUCAUUUUGGGAAAUUUGAGAGUUUUAUAUCAGACAUUUUUUGAAGUGAUCUGUCAUUGUAAAUUGUUUAAGACAACUAAACGCUUUUCGUUGUAAUUUGAACAUCAUAUUUUCAAAUAGCAGUUAUUUAAACUUGACCAUUUUGAAGAUCUUAAUUUUCCUCAAAGUGUGACCCCCUCAAGGGUGACCCUCUUGAAAUAAAACAAUUAAUUAUGUGUAUUUAGUGGAAUGUGAUUUUGGGUAUCAAUCGGAUUAUCUGGGCAGUAUUAAUUUGUGGGGUGUCGUGUAUGUAUAUAAUCUUGGUGAAGUGACUCUCAAUGAAAAAAGUUUUAAGUCAAAAGCUUGGAUAUCAUUGAAUUCUUACAACAGAUAUGAUUAACGAUUUGAAACGAUUUGUUUGGUUUAAUGAUUAAUAAGUAUUGAUUUAAUGGAUUCUAUUUUUAGAAUUUUUA